GGUGUGGAUUUCUGGUCUGCGGCCCAAGUGUGUGCCUAAAUGGGGGUGCUACAGAUCAUCAACCGGCACAUUCGCUCAGAGGGUCCACACACAAGCGAGACCAGCGAGAAACAGCUGGAGACAACGAGCAAGCGAGCGAGCGAGCAAAGACGGCCCGAAGCGGGCUCAUUAUAAUAAAAAGGGCCCUUUUCCUUUGCUUUUCCCUCUUCCUCUUCUUUUACUUCUUCUACUUCUUUCUCCACUUUUGCUUUCCACUUCCCAUCUCGUCGCCAGCACUUGAGCCCUCCAAGCGAAUACAAACCAUGCCACACCACGAUGCGAAUAUGGCCGAGAUGCUCCGUCGACUCAAAGCACGACUAGCACUCGCCGAUUUCAAACGACAGCACGGCUACGAGAAAUACGAUCUGUACACUCUCGAAAACAAUCUGCUCCGGGUCGCCAAGAAGCGACCAGGGACAUCGCCUGUAGCAGCCACGACUACUACUACUACUACUGCUACUGCCCAUACCAAGAAAAACAGCAACAAUAGCCGAAGCCAUCAUCGAUACUAUCCAACAUCGCCCAUUCCAUCCUCAUCCUCUGCGUUCACGAAAUCAUCCUCCUCUAUGCCAUCUCGUCGCGUAUGCAAAUCCUACUACACGCCCGCCACGUUCCUCCAGAGCCCACUCUCUGCCAAGCGGAAUACGCCACCACGCAAGCAGCGUCACCAGCCGAUCGCUAUAUCGUCCCCGAGUUCAUCAUCCACGAGCACCUUUAUGUCCUCUGAUGAAGAAGACGCUGCCAACCUGCUGGUCAUGCUCCACAACAUGGCAUGAUGAUAACUUCGAUUCGCCUCCAAUUUUGUCAUAAACCCUACAUCAUCACAUCCAACUACUACAUCCAACAACACAUUACUAUUAAACGCAUCUGCAGCAUCCUCUUUCAUUAUCACUAUUAGUUUAUUGUAUACCACAUCCAAUUACAUACAUGGCCAUGCCCACUCUUUUUUGCUCCAUGCCCCUCACUCCCUCCCACACCCACC